UACAUACAGAAAACAGAGCACAACACAAGUCUUCUUUUAAUAUGACGGUAAAUAUGAUAUCAAGUCUUCUGUUUCUCCUGUUCUUCCAAGGAAUUGGAAGAACUUCAUCAGAUCCUUUCUGUGCCCAUCAGAUCAGAACCAUCAGAGUGACUGAGGGACAAUCCAUUACCAUCCCCUGUACAUUCACUUAUAACAGAAACACAUAUGAGGUUGGAAAGUCAGAGAUCAGAACUGAAUGGGGAGUCAGUACUGGGAGGAGAUGUGGGGAGUCUGACACUUCCUAUGAUAUAUUAUCUAUCAGUAAUUACUCUGGGAGAAUCUCCAGGCCGGACCCUCCCUAUGGGAACAAUUCAGCAUCAAUCACUAUCCACAGGCUGAAACCAACUGAUGGGCCAGUGAUCUGCUGCAGAGUAGAGGUAUCUGGAGGAUCUGUAGACCCCUUUACCUGGAACAAUAGAUAUGGGACCCUGCUGAUCUUUACUGAACCUGCUGAGAUCUCUGUGGAACAGCUGGAUGUGAUUCCUGCCCUCCCAGGAGAAACCAUCACUAUCCCCUGUUAUGUACAUUAUCCUCCUGGUACCCGUGAGACACUGCAGACAGUUACCUGGAGAAAGGGACAAGAUCAAUUCUGUAGUAAUUCUCCCGCACUGAAUACACAAGAUAAAACUAGUCGUUACUCAGUGGUGGAUUUCCCAACUGAUGUCUCCCUGCAAAUUAACAGAGUCCAGAGAGAAGAUUCAGGAUAUUACUGCUGCAUUGUGGGAACAUCUAAAGGAGAAAAUAACAUCAGAUCUGGCACUGAGCUGGUUAUUGAAGACACCAGUACUCAAGCAGAAUUAAACAUCAGUCAGUCCCAUAAUUCCACUGUGUCAGAAGGAGACUCAGUCACCCUCAACUGCUCAUUCAACUCUACACAGACUCCAUUAUGGGCCUGGAUUUACUGGAGAGUGGGGAGUCCCACAGGGGAUUAUGUCUAUCACCCCAACAAACAAAUGGUUCAUUCCAGUUUCAAAGGAAGAACAGAGUUAAGAGGACAAGCGGAUCUUCAUAUAGAGGGGGUGCAAAGAAAUGAUUCAGACACUUAUUACUGUAUCGUGAUCUUCCAGUAUUGUGCUGCCAAUGCUAUACACAAAUCAUUUAUUAACUAUGGGCAAAGUACUAGACUGGACAUACAAGAAUCCUAUUUCCUGGACAAAGUCAGAGUUAUCCUAAUUAUCCGCUGUAUUGUAUUCUGUAUCAUCAUUCUCUGUGGGAUUCUGGGAUAUAAAAAGAUGAAAGCGACAAUAACAGGAACGCCUGAAAAAACGCUGCAAGACUUGCGUUCCUCUCAAGUGUACACCAUCAGAGUUGCUAAUGAUCAGGAAUCUGAUCCAAAUUAUUAUAAUAUCAGCAGUUAACAGAUUGGAAUUCGAGUUUACACGUUAGUUCAGACUGCGGUAACUGGACCAUCCAAUCAACAGACUUUUCUUUGGUUACAACUCUGUAUGAUCCUAUUUACACUCGUUAUAAUAAGAAAAAGCUCCUGUACAACUGAGUAUGAUAUAUUACAGGUGCAUGUUGAAUUUGUAUUAAUAUUCUUGAUAGAUGUUUAUUUUUUAUAUGUGUCAUUUUUAAAAAGGAGACAUUAUGUUAGCCUCAUCUCCAUGGGCAUCCAUAGAUAGGGGCAGGGGGGGCACUUGCCCCUCCCUGGACUUGUACUUCAUAAUAAAGGAUAUUCCCUUGCCAUA